UUAGUUAAAAAAACAUAAAUUUGUAAUAGAACCCAAAAACAACUAUUUAUAUUUUUCUGAAAAUAAAAUUAAAAUGUACUCCCUCCGGUUCUGAAAGAUCUUUACACUCUGUCUUCACAAAUAUUAAGGAGUUUGACACUGUUUGACACGGUUUGGCACUGUUUUGUGUAGAUUUGUAAGGCAAAUAAGAAGUGUAAAGAUCUUUCUGGUACUUCAAAAAAUGGAAAGUGUAAAGAUCUUUCAGAACAUGAGGGAGUAAUUUUUUAUGUUUGAAUAAAUGUUUCAGACUGAGCCAAAGCAAGACUGAGUAUAUGGAGUGCAAGUUUGGUGGAGGUAGAAGUAGUAGCAACAGUGGGAUUACUCUUGAUGGUAAGGAGAUAUCGGUGUGUGAUAUGUUCCGUUAUUUGGGCUCCAUAAUUCAAAAGGAUGGUGAAUUAGAUGAAGAUGUAUGCCAUAGAAUUAGAGUUGGGUGGAUGAAAUGGAAGAGUGCAUCGGGAUUUCUAUGUGAUCGGGGUAUGCCGACUAGACUGAAAGGUAAAUUUUAUCGAACAUCAAUUAGGCCCGCAUUAAUGUAUGAGGUAGAGUGUUGGAUGGUGAAACAAUGUCACAUACAAAAGAUGAGUGUGGCAGAGAUGCGUAUGUUGCGUUGGAUAUGCGGACAUACCAGAAAAGACCGCUUGACAAAUGGGAUAAUCAGACAAAAGGUUGGAGUAGCACAUAUAUAGAAGAUAAGAUGCAGGAGUCUCAUUUGCGGUGGUUUGGACAUGUGCGUAGAAGAUCGAGUGAUGCACCUAUUAGACGACUUGAGAGGUGGGGAGAAGAGGCAGGGAAGAGAGGGAUGGAAGACCCAAACAAGCUUGGAUUAGAGGAAUCAUAACUGAUAUGCGUCUUCUUGGGUUGGACGAGAGUAUGGCUUCGGAGAGAGCAAAGCGGAAGGUGCACAUCCGUGUGGACAACUGAUGUCUUUUCUACCUUUCCUCUCUCUUUUCUUUUAUUGUUUAUCUUGUUUAUCUUUUUAUAUUCCGCUAUGAUUGUCCCAUUUUACCUUAUCAUUCCGUCCCACUAAGAUUGUCUCAUACCAAUUUUGGUAAAAUUUGUGUGGCUCUAAAUCAUUCUUACUUUAUCAAUUCAAUAUCAACCACAUAAACCACAUUUUAUUAAUUUGCGUGUCACUCCCUCUUGUCCCAUUGUUAGCAGGACGGAGGGAGUAUUAUUUUUAUUUGCUAGCUUUUUUGUGCUUAUCUUUUUAUCUUUUAUCUUUCUGAUAUUCUUAUGUUAUUGUUAUCUUAUAUUUAUUUAUCUUUAUUUUAUCUGUUUUAUCUUACUUCUUUUUUUUCUUCUUCCCUUUUUGUCUGUCUUCUCUGUUUGACAUCGAUAUCAUAGAUCGAUUCAUGUUAGUCAUCC